AUGUCAUCAAUAACAUAUAGCAAUCCUACUAAUCCAAUUCCUGUACAACAACAGCCUAUAGCAUCACCACCACAAGGUUAUAUAAUGAGUCAACGUCGUCGUCGUGGUGGUGUUUUAGGGGCCAAUUUAUUAAAUUAUGGGCCAAAUCCUUUAAAUUAUGGGGGCAAUCCAUUAAAUUCUAAUUAUGGGGGCAAUCAUUUUAAUAAUUUUAACUAUAGGGGCAAUAGAAGAUUUUCUCGAAAUUAUCCAAAUACACCGUAUCCAAAUACAAAUGUUGGUUUUUAUCCUCCAAGAAAUUAUCGUCGAAAUAUCUUUUAUAACCGUAAUUAUCGACCACAACCUUAUUAUACUGGAUAUGGAAUUGUUAAUCAGCCUAUUCAACCUAUGGCACAACAAGAGAGAAGAUUUAUUCGAAGAACAUCGGCUAGAAGAAUUAGUCAAAAUCGACGUUCAGGAAGUCGUUCAAAUCAAAGACGAAGUCGAUCAAGACAACAACGUAGACGUGUUCCAAGGCAAAUACGUUUAAAUGAUUUUAUGCCACAAGAACUACGUGAACCUUCACCAAAUCUUCCUAAUGAUUUUAAUUUAGCUACAACAAAUGCAGCUAUAACUACAGCUUCAAAUUUAAAUAAUGUGCCAGUUGAUGCGUUACCACAACGUACCAUUUUUGCUUCAAAUGUAACUCAACCGUUUGUUGUCAACAAUACAAAUGUAAAUGGACAACGACAACAGCAAGGCUAUGGUUCAAAUCAACAGCGACAACAAACAACUACAACAACAUCAUCAUUUCGACGUCGAAAUAGACGAAUUCGCCAACAACAAUAUCGUCAAAAUCAAAAUAUUAUUGAAAAUAAUCGAUUUGCUGUAUUGGCUGAAAAUAAUCUUGACAAAGAUGAUAAUGUUGAUUUAGUAUCAGAUGUUGAUGAAAAUGAACCAGUUCUUGCUACAAAUAUUAGUAAGAAAAAUCAAAAGAAAAAGAAAAAUCGAUCAUAUUUAAUAUAUGAUCGGAUAUUGACAUGGAUAGAAAAUAAUACAUCAACAGCAACUAAUAAUAUUAUUGGAAAAAGUGGUAAUCAUGCUUAUUUAAUGGCUUCAAUUCCUAUAUAUGAUGAAUGGAUUCGAACUAAUUAUGAUAUACAAGUUUGGGAAAAUUAUUUAAAAAUGGGUACUGAAAAUAAACAUUGGGCAAAAGAAAUUAUUCAACGUACUAAAAAACGUGAUGAUGUAGUCAAUACACAAUUUGUAAAAAAGAAAAUUAAUCAAUUAUCAGCUACAGUUGCUCAAGCCAAUGCAACUAUAACGGAUUUAAAAAUUCAAUUGCAUACUUAUUGGUCACAAAUACCAGUUUAUAAAAAAGGAAAAGAAAAAGAAAAAGAAAAAGAAAAAGGAAGAGCAACAACUGAUGAUGCAACGCAAACGGAUUCUAAUAUAGAAGUCAAUGCAUCAACAUCAGUAACACCUAAAUCACCGGCUGUUCAAUUAAGUAUUGAUACAAUUCAUAAUAAAGUUGAUGAAUUAGAAAAAUUAAUUUUUCAAUAUUUAAAACAUUGUACUCAACAUGUUAAGAAAAUGCAUGAAACUCGUAUUCAAGUAGCCAAAAUUCAAAUGGAUGAAUUUAAAGCUUUGGAAGAUUUUGAACAAAUAGCUACUCCAUCUCAAUGGAAUAUUCAUUUAAUAUUGAAACCAAAAAUGAAACUUUGGUCAACUAAAAAUAAAAAUUAUCUUGCAGCAACGAAACGGGUCGAAUACGAUAUGCCUCCAAGAUUUAUUGAAAAAGUUGAUUUAUCUUUUAAAAUUGAUGAAUCAAUUAUUAGUCAAGAUGAAGCACAAGCUACAUAUAAUCAAAUGAAACAAAUUACUAAAGAUUUUCGUAUAGAAGCAAUGACAUUGUAUGUUCAGUCAUUAGCUCGAGAAAAUGAAUUAUUGACAGAUGAAAUCAAACGUAUUAUUACAGGCUUCCCUCAAGAUAAUGAUGAGGGAUUUGAUGCUGAACCUGGUUAUGCAGCAUUUAAACAUUAUCAUGAUUUACGUGAAAAACGAUUAAAAUUAGAAGCUGAACAAUCAAUUCAUUUUUUAGUCCAAGAGAGAGUCGAGGGCGAAACAAACGAAGUUAUUACCCCGACUCUGGACGAAUAUGAAUUACUAAAAUUAGGUCCUCGGUUUAUUUAUAAUAGUCCAAAAACGGCAUCUCGACGGCGGACAACUGAGUUGGCUACUCUUAAACGAAAAAUUGAAGCUCGUUUUUUUGAUAAGAAAGUUAGCCCCGGUCGCCCAGUCGAACAAUUUAUUGCCGAAUUGGAUUUAGUACUUCAAAAAUUACAUAAUGAAUCAACAAUAAAUCAGCAAUAUACAAGAAAAGAUUUAAUUAAUACUUCAAUACAAAAUUCACUAAAUCUAAUACAAUUAAGUCAACGUCAGAGUGGAAGCUCUAGAUUGAAUACUAUUAAGAAAAAGAAAAAUUGUGGUCGAUUAGUAAAAAGAUUAAAGCAUAAAUUAAAAUUAACUAAUAUAAUAAUACGAAAAUCAGACAAGUCCAAAGUAUUCCAUUUAGGUAAAUUAGAAGAUUAUCGCAAAAAAUCUGAAGAAUAUAUGGAGAAAACAGAAGCCUAUAAAUGUUUAGGUACAAUUGAUCCAUUACCAGAUUUAAUUCAAAGAACAAAUAAUUAUCUGUUAAAUUUACGACUAGCUAAAUGGAUUACUCAAAAACAAUAUGAAAUGCUAUGUAUUAAUUCUAAUGAAGUUGAAUUAGCCCAUUUAUAUUAUUUGCCCAAAGCUCAUAAACCUGGUACUCCUCUUCGUCCAAUAAUUUCUGGUCUUAAACACCCUACAAUUAAAAUUUCAAAAUUUCUUGAUGAAUUACUUCGGCCUUUAUUUGAUAAAAUGGCUUUGAAAACCACUGUGACCUCUGGUUUUGAAUUAUUAAAGAAGGUACAAAAAUGGUGUGAAGAUAAUUUGUGUCAAGAAACAAUAUUUUGUACAAUUGAUGUAGCAGACCUUUACACAAUGGUGCCACAAACUGAAGGAGUACUUUCAUUAAAGAAAAUGUUAGACCAUUUAAAAUUAAAGCAAAUUAAUGGUCUCAAAAUUGAAACAAUAAUUAGAUUAAGCCGAUUUGUUAUGAAAAAUAAUUAUUUUUCUUAUAAUGGUCAAUAUUAUCAUCAAAUUCGUGGAGGAGCAAUGGGUUCUCCUCUUACACUAACUGUUGCUAAUUGUUAUAUGUUCUUUUAUGAACAACAAAUUAUAAAACAAAUUAAUAAUAGUGGUGGUUUAUAUUUUCGAUAUAUUGAUGAUAUAUUUUUAGUAAUAAACUGGCCUGCUCGACAUUUAUUUAAACAAAUCGACAGAUGGAAUCAUUUUGAUGAAAACAUCAAACUAUCAGAAAAUAUAGGUCCAACGGCUGAUUUUCUUGAUUUACAUAUGGAAAAUCAGGAUGGUCAAUUAUUUACUACAAUUUUUCAGAAACCAUCUUAUGAGCCAUAUUAUUUACCGUUUAAUAGUAUCCAUCCAUUACAUAUGAAAAAGAACAUAAUAUUUACAAUGCUACUUCGUGCUCUAAGAUAUUGCUCAACCUUUCAAGAAUAUUUAAAUGAGCGAGAAAAGUUACGAAUGGCAUUAUUAUUAAAUAAAUAUCCAAAUAAAUUUAUAGAUGAGCAAUUUAAUAAUGUAUUACAAAAAUUAAAUAUCCAAGCAUUAACCUGUUUUAAUUAUGUUAAUUAUCGUCAAGAAGUAAUAGAUUCCCCAAUAAAAGAAGUAGUACCAGUUGAUUAUGGAAAGACAAUAUUUAUACAUUUCACAUAUUGUUCAAGUAUGAAAACAUUUCCAAGGAAAUUCCAUACUCUUUGGAAUAAAUAUUUUGGCGAAUCUCCGAUUAAUGAUGUUUUGCCUAUUCUUGGUACACGUAAUGUUAAGAAUCUACAACGACAAUUAACUUAUACAAAAUGA